AUGAGUGCCUUAUUGCGUCCUCGGUCAUUUCACUGGCGCCCCAAUUUGAGACAUCGUCGGUUUGCUACAGUGACCGGCAGGCAUAGAGCCUUCGAUGUCGUCGUUAUAGGCGGUGGGCAUGCCGGUGCCGAGGCAUGCGCUGCUGCUGCGAGAGCCGGUGCGCGGACGGCCCUGGUUACACCCAAGAUUGACAAUCUGGGAACAUGUUCCUGCAAUCCGAGUUUCGGAGGUAUUGGCAAGGGGACAAUCAUUCGAGAGAUUGAUGCGCUGGAUGGGUUGGCAGGGAGGAUCAUUGACAAGGCUGGUGUUCAGUUUCAUCUACUGAACCGUAGGAAAGGACCGGCUGUUUGGGGUCCGCGUGCACAAAUUGAUCGAGAUCUUUACAAGAAGUACAUGAGAAACGAACUCGAAUCGUAUCCGAAUCUGUCGCUUGUCCUUGAAAGCGUGUCAGACAUUAUUUUAGCAGAAAACGAAAGCUCUAGCGACGGCGCAAAGGGCACAAUCGCCGGUGUCCGACUCGAGAAUGGCGAAAUUCUACAGACUGGCAGAGUAGUCAUCACGACCGGAACCUUCCUGGGAGGCGAAAUACACAUCGGGCUUGAGGCUUAUCCGGCUGGCCGCAUUGGAGAAGCAGCAACAACGGGCUUGAGCAAAUCACUACGGGAAGCAGGCUUCCAAUUGGGUCGAUUGAAGACAGGCACUCCGCCGCGACUCGAUAAAUCAACUAUAAAUUUUGACAUACUCCAAAGACAGCUGGGUGAUGACCCCCCAGCUCCUUUCAGCUACCUAAAUGACCGGGUGGCCGUUCAAGAUCAACUCACCUGCAGCAUAACAUUCACCAAUGAGGCUACGCACAAGAUUGUCUGUGAAAACUUGGAUAAAUCAAUACACAUUCGCGAAACCGUCAAGGGCCCGAGGUAUUGCCCCUCUUUGGAGUCAAAGGUCAUUCGAUUUGCAGAUAAAGAGCGUCAUAUCGUCUGGCUCGAACCAGAAGGUUUCGACAACCCAAUCAUAUACCCUAAUGGACUUUCUAUGACAAUACCAGCAGAGGCACAGGAGCAGGUGCUGCGGUCGAUACAAGGGCUGGAACAAGUCAAAAUGCUGCAACCCGGCUAUGGUGUCGAAUAUGAUUAUGUUGAUCCUCGGGGAUUAAAGUCCACCCUUGAGACAAAGGCGAUUGGUGGUCUUUAUCUAGCAGGACAGAUCAACGGCACUACAGGAUAUGAGGAGGCUGCGGGCCAGGGAGUUAUAGCUGGUAUGAAUGCUGGACGAGCUGCCCUUGGACUGCCAGGCGCCUCAUUAUCUAGGUCAGAUGGCUACAUUGGCAUCAUGAUUGACGACUUAAUCACCAAGGGUGUUACAGAACCUUACCGCAUGUUUACAUCCAGAAGCGAAUUCCGCAUGGCUGCCAGAGCAGAUAAUGCGGACCUACGGUUGACGGAAAAGGGACGAGAAUGGGGCGUCGUCUCGGACCACAGAUGGAGCGCUUUCUCGGAUGAGAAGCAACAGAUUCUAGAUCUCACCAAGUCUCUUGGUGCCGUUUCUUUGUCGCCUGACGAAUGGAUGAAGGCGGGAUUUCAGUUGAAGAAGAGCUCUCAGCGCCGAACCGGCAUCGACAUGCUGAAACUUUCCAAUACCGCCGAGCGAAUCCAACUGGACCAGCUCAGCGCCAUCGUGCCUGAAGUCAUGGGCUAUUCGCCUCGCAUUCGAGACAGGGUUGUCAUUGAAGCGGCAUACGCACCUUAUAUCAAGAUGCAGGCGGCGGAGCGUGGGCGGUUUGUCAAUGAUGAGAAUAUCCGCCUCCCGCUUGAUUUGAACUACGACAGCAUUCCUGGGUUAGCAUUGUCGGAAAAGGAAGUUUUGAGGAGAACGCGGCCUGAGACUUUGGCGCAGGCUCGUCGUGCAGAGGGCAUUACGCCUUCUGGGUGCAUUCGGCUGCUGGCUUAUAUUCGUCGCCAAGGGUCAUCUGCAGCGGUGCCUAUCGGUUUAGAGGAGAGUCCUUUGGAUGCUCGCCUUUGA